AGAAGAUAAAAGAAGGGAAACUCGCAAAAUUUAAUUUGAAACCAAAGAAAAAGUCUCGAAAAUAUUUAAAGUCGAACACCAACUUGCGAAAUAUUAUAAAAAAUUUAAUGAAAAAAGUUAAAAUUAAAAAAAUGUUAAACAUAAAUAGCUUGCAGAUUGAAAUUAUAACUUUGUUACUAAUGUUAUCAUUAGAUACCAUAUUAUGUGAGUCAUAUAAUUCAAAUUAUAAUCGUAAAUGUUCAACAAAAUUGGAAUCAGCACUCGAACAUAUGCUAAGACGUAAUAGAAUGCGAUCUGGUAGCCGCAGUUAUUUUGACAUUACAACACCGUACUCAAUAUAUAAUUCAUUAUAUAAUAAUAAUGACAACAAUAAUUAUUAUAAUAAUGGGGAAUUAUUAAAUAUAGAUGAUCGUAAACGGUCAUUAAAUAUAAAAUUAAAUAAUGAAAUUUAUGAUAACAGACCAUCAACUUUAUCUUCUCCAUCAUCAUCGUCGUCAUCAUCAACAUCAUCAUCAUCAAAAAAAAACCGUAUUGAAGUAAGCGACUUAAAAGUACGUUUACCAUAUAAUAUGCAAUGGGUAUAUGUUGAUAAAUGCCAAUUUAGUUCAUAUAAUCAUACAUUAGAUACACGUUUAAUAUUUCCUGAUUUGACAAUAAGUGGUAAAAUAACUUUAUAUCCAAUUGGUGGUAAAUGUAAUAUGAUAUUACGUUUAAGAAAAGCUGGUAUUGAAUUUCGAACAAUACCAUUACAUCAAUCCAUAUCAACAUCAUCAUCAUCAUUAUCAAUAAAUAACGAAUCAAAACAUGGUUCAUCAUCAGCAGUUCGUACUGAUUCACAUUUUAGUGAGCCAGGAUUUUUAUCAGUAUUUGCACAUAGUUGUGAAGGAUUAAUAACAAAAUAUAAUAAUUAUUAUAAUGAUAAUUUUGAUACAGAUAAAAUUAAUGAUGCAUUUACAAAUGAAUUAGAACAAUUAUUUUCAAUGGGUGUACGUGGUAUGUUAACAACGUAUAUGCAAAAAACUUUACAGCCAGCUAUUAAAGAAACAUUAAUGGAAAAUAUGGGCUAUACAUUGAGCUAUGGUUAAAAAGAUUUUGUUUUUAUUUAAUUAAAAAAGAGAUUUGAACAUUCAAUUAAUUAUUAUAUUUUUGUAACACUUUU